GUGGCCCAACCAAACCCACUGGUCUUCUCAGUCGGACGAGCUCUCUACUGGUCUGCCGCUAAUGGCGGAACUUGCUCGAACACCAUUUCCACUUCCACUUCUCCUUCUCCUACUCCUCGUUCAUUCCUCGCUCUCUGAAAUCAUUUUCGAAGAACGUUUUGAAGAUGGUUGGCAAAGCAGGUGGGUUAAAUCAGAUUGGAAAAAAAGUGAAGGGAAAGCAGGGUCAUUCAAGCAUACAGCCGGAAAAUGGUCUGGAGACCCAGAUGACAAGGGUAUCCAAACAUCAUCGGAUGCCAAGCACUAUGCCAUAUCAGCAAAAAUCCCGGAGUUCAGCAAUAAAGAUAGAACAUUGGUUCUCCAGUAUUCUAUAAAGAUUGAGCAGGACAUUGAAUGCGGAGGUGGCUACAUUAAACUCCUUUCUGGAUUAGUAACUCAAAAGAAGUUUGGAGGCGACACUCCUUAUAGUGUAAUGUUUGGACCAGAUCUAUGUGGCACGCAAACAAAGAAGCUACAUGUGAUACUCUCUUACCAGGGCCAGAAUUACCCCAUCAAGAAAGAUCUGGAGUGUGAGACGGAUAAGUUAACCCAUUUUUACACGUUAAUUCUUAGACCUGAUGCAACUUAUAGCAUCUUGAUUGACAAUAGAGAGAGAGAUUCUGGAAGCAUGUAUACUGACUGGGAUAUCCUUCCUCCUCGGAAAAUUAAGGAUGUCAAUGCAAAAAAGCCUGCAGACUGGGAUGAUAGAGAAUAUAUUGACGAGCCUAAUGAUGGCAAACCUGCGGGAUACGAUUCAAUCCCAGCAGAAAUUCCUGACCCAAAAGCUAAGAAGCCUGAUAAUUGGGAUGAAGAUGAGGAUGGGAUAUGGAAAGCACCGAAGGUUCCAAAUCCAGCUUAUAAGGGACCUUGGAAGCGCAAGAAAAUAAAGAAUCCCAACUAUAAGGGGAAGUGGAAGAUUCCUUGGAUUGACAACCCAGAAUUUGAAGAUGACCCAGAUCUUUAUGUUAUGAAACCUAUCAAAUACGUUGGCAUUGAAGUUUGGCAGGUAAAGGCUGGUUCAGUUUACGACAACAUUUUAAUAACUGAUGAUCCAGCAUAUGCAAAACAAGUUGUGGAGGAAGUGUUUUCAAACAGAGAGAGUGAGAAGGAGGCCUUUGAAGAAGCUGAAAAAGUGAGAAAAGCACGGGAAGAAGAGGAAGCUCAAAGAGCAAGAGAGGAAGGUGAGAGGAGGAGAAAGGAGAGGGGUUAUGAUCGAAGGUACAGAGAUCGGGAGCGUUACAAAGACAGAUAUAGAAGGCAUGAUCGUCGUGACUACAUGGAUGAUUAUCAUGAUGAACUCUGAUGGACUGUUUUGCUUCUAUGUUCCGCUCCACCAAACGAUGUGCUUAACCAGAAUCAACUGGUUUAGAAUAGCAUGUUCUGAAGAAAUUUCAUUUUUGUAGCUGUACUGUUGUAAUAUUUAUCACCACCUUUAUGUGGGGAUUCUGAAGAAACUGUAAUGUAUUUCAUGUCUGGACAUUUGUGCAACUGUGAGCAGGAGUCAAGUUGUUAUAGUAUGACUUCAAAACUAGUUUUGGGGUUUUCUCUUUUUGGUAAUAUGACUUUGACCCGAAAA